AAUGAAGGACUUAUUGAAAGUAGUUCGCCUCGGAAUAAUUAGUUAUGGAAGAGGUUUACGGUUGCAAAAAGAAUAUGAAAAGCUAGUGUUUAACGAGAAAGCUGCUAAUUACAUCCUUCUCUUAGAACAUAAACCUGUAUAUACAAUAGGAAUUCGCGAUUAUUCUUCGCAAUAUGAAGAAGAUUAUCUAAAGUCAUUGGGGGCUGAAUUUUAUAAAACCAGCAGAGGGGGACUUAUAACAUUCCACGGACCCGGACAGCUUGUUGUUUAUCCUAUACUAAACUUAAAAUCAUUAAAAAUUGGAGUACGAAAAUAUACUGAACUAUUGGAAGAAACUGUUAUUGAAACCUGCAAAAAUUACAAUAUCUGCGGUAAACGAUCUCAGCAUACAGGUGUAUGGGUAGGAGAUAAUAAGAUAUGUGCUUUAGGUAUACAAGUUAGGCGUUAUAUCUCUUCUCACGGCUUAGCAUUAAAUUGUGCCACAGACUUGAAAUGGUUUAAUCAUAUUACACCUUGUGGGAUAAAAGAUAAAGGCGUGACGUCUCUCAGUAAUGAGGUUGGAAGGAAAAUCCCAGUUGAGGAAGUGUUGCCUUUGUUCAUAGAUAGUUUUGAGAAAACUUUCAAAGUUAGGACUGACUAUGCAUGA